UCCGUCCAUUUCAGUUCAUCGUCACUACCACCAUCCUUUUUAACCGGGACAACAUGGCUGCUACAGCGAGCCGUUACUACAGCGAAGACGGCAGGGCAACGAAACGACAGAAAACCGACGGAAUGGCCACGGGAUACGAAGAUCCUCACAAGACCCUUCCGUCUGUGGUGGUGCACGUCCGGGGGCUGGUGGAUGGUGUAACAGAGGCUGACCUUGUAGAGGCCUUGCAAGAAUUUGGAGCAAUCAGCUAUGUCGUGGUGAUGCCCAAGAAGCGCCAGGCACUGGUCGAGUACGAAGACAUGAAUGGAUCAUCCACAGCUGUAACCUACGCUGCGGACAACCAGGUUUACAUCGCUGGCCACCCAGCCUUUAUCAACUAUUCCACCAGCCAGAAGAUCUCCAGGCCGGGAGACUCUGAUGACUCCAGAAGUGUUAACAAUGUACUUCUGCUCACCAUCAUGAACCCCAUCUACCCCAUCACCACGGAUGUCCUCUACACCAUCUGCAACAACUGUGGGCCUGUCCAGAGAAUCGUCAUCUUCAGGAAGAACGGUGUCCAGGCGAUGGUUGAGUUCGACUCUGUGCAAAGCGCCCAGCGAGCCAAGGCAUCACUCAACGGAGCAGACAUCUACUCUGGCUGCUGUACACUGAAGAUCGAGUACGCCAAGCCCACUCGCCUGAAUGUGUUCAAGAAUGAUCAGGACACCUGGGACUACACGAACCCCAAUCUGGGAGGCCCAGAUGGUGAUGCAGAUGGCAAUGGGAGCAAUGCAGAAGACGUGAACGCCAACCCCAACAAGCGCCAGAGACAGCCUGCUCUGCUGGGCGACCACCCUCCAGAGUAUGGAGGUGGUUACCAUGGCUAUGACGAGAGCUACGGAUCCCCACCCUUUGAGGGUCGCCGCAUGGGUCCACCAAUGAGAGGGCGUGGAGGGAGAAGCUACGGGCCAGGCUACGGACCUCCUCCCCCUCCUCCUGGAGAGUAUGGUGGCCACGCUGAGUCUCCAGUUGUCAUGUUGUACGGAUUGGACCCUGUCAAGAUGAAUGCUGACCGUGUCUUCAAUAUCUUCUGUCUCUAUGGCAAUGUGGAACGGGUGAAGUUCAUGAAGAGUAAGCCUGGGGCAGCCAUGGUGGAAAUGGGAGACUGCUAUGCAGUGGACCGCGCCAUCACUCACCUCAACAACAACUUUCUCUUUGGACAGAGACUGAAUGUCUGUGUGUCUAAGCAGCAAGCCAUUGUACCUGGUCAGUGCUAUGAGCUGGAGGAUGGCUCGAGCAGUUUCAAGGACUUCCACGGUUCUAGGAACAACCGGUUUACAUCACCAGAACAGGCGGCCAAAAACCGCAUCCAACACCCCAGCAACGUGUUGCACUUCUUCAACGCCCAGCCAGACGUCACGCCAGAGGUUUUCUCUCAGAUUUGUGAGGAGAUUGGUGUUAAGUGCCCUGUCAACGUCAAAAUGUUCACAGGAAAGAGUGGUGCAGCUCCCAGUGACCGCAGUGCUUCAGGUCUGCUAGAGUGGGAGUCUAUCAAUGAUGCCAUGGAGGCCCUGGCCAUGAUGAACCACUACCAGAUGAAAAACGCAGCUGGUCCUUACCCGUACACCCUCAAACUGUGCUUCUCCACCGUUCAGCACGCCAACUGAGUGCACCCUUGUAGCCAGAAAGAUGGAGAUUGGUCCACCAUUCCCAUACUUAGAUGUACCUGGAUCAUGACUGCUUGCACCACACCUGGAGAAAAUUGAUUUUCAAAAACACCUCAAAUACUGUGAAAUAAUAAAUUUUCACAAUGUAAUUGAUCCCUAAAGUGCAAACUCCUCAUAUUUGUUAUAUUAAACAGAUUUAACAGAUGCUAAAAGGCAUUUAGAAGUUUUGAUAUUUAUGCCCCAGAUGUGGUUUAUGGAGUAUCAGUACCUGUGUGUCUUCAUAUUAAGUUGUCCUUUUUACUUUUUGUAUUAUGCUUAUUCAGUAACCUGACACGUGAGAAAGUGUAGUUGACAGAAUUGGUUUUAUGCUCAGGAGGUUCAGUGGCAGUGGACAACAUGGUUUUUGUAAGAGUUGUCUUUUGAAACUUUUAUUAUUAUAGCUAACUUUUUUCUUUGUUAUUUUAAUUGCUACCUAUUCAGUUCUGCGUCUCCGUGUCUGAUAUGCAGGUGGAGACUUGUUUUGUUCUAAGAAAAUAAAAAAUCACUUUGAAGUUGA